AUGGAUCGGCCUUCAUCAGGCUCCUUACGGAGUAUUUCGCCAUUUCAAACCCCCCAGCACUCCCGCCUUCUGGAUCACAGCUUUCUCGGCGCGACGCCUCUCACGGAGACUCCGGCAACAAGCGCAAGCAUCGGCAGAGGGGGCACUCCUGGUUCGGACAGGGUCUUGUCAGGCCGUGUCAAAAAGUCGACUCACAGAACACCUUUGCGCAAGGAAGAUGUUCUCAGUGAGAAGGAGAAGGGGGAGGAACAGCGGCAGCUGAAAGAGAUGAUGGAGGAAGUGAAGCUCUUUCCUAGAAGCGACAGUUGGGCCGAUGACGAAUUCAAACUGUUCAAAAUUCUGUUCAUGAGACAAUACAGCCCUCUGCUGCCAGGUGACUGGCAGAUGAGCUUCAGAGGCAUCCCAAUUCCCGAUAUCCUAUUUGCCAGCUCCGUUGCACACCCGCCCAUCAUCAACACGCGGUCCGGCAACGAUUUCAAAGCGACGAAAGCUUUGGCUCGCCUCAUUGACCUGACGAGAGAGGUUCGAGGCUUGGCUCAGACAGGCCAAAGGCACAGAGCGAGCGCGCUGAUCACGAAGAGACUCCAGGAGUACGCCAAGUGGGCUGAGCACGACGGAGAGUACGACACACUUGAUUACGUGCCGAACAUCAUUAUUGACGCCGUCGACACGUCUCAGACGCCGCAGGCAAUCGAGGAGCACAUGCAGAACCGGCUAAGAAUCGCCGCCGCAAGUCAACGCGCUCACUGGAGAGCUGAACGGGCACCUGAAAGCGGUCAUGAGAAGGAAGAGAAUGGGUACGCGUCAGAAGUCGACCCCGAGGAGGCCGAGCCCGAGGACAACAGGAUUGUUCUUGUGCCGGACAAGUACCCGACGCCGUCACCGCAAAAGGCCGACUUGCCUCCGUCGACCCCGCAUCGAAACGGGAUCAACGGCGAUGGCAUCAGUGAGCACAGCAGCCCGAGCGAAAACUCCGAGAGCGCCGAGCAGCCGGACGAACUCUGGGCCGGCGAGUAUACGCGGCGCCCACCUGUCAUUUACGGACUGUUCGUUGUCAACACAUCAGUCAUGGUGCUCACUAUUGACUCGGCAAAGGAACAGGACGCUGCUGGGAGUUACCAGGUGGAAGUCGGCUUCAGCAAACGUGGCCAGGACGUGUGGAACGCGAUCACCAUUGCCAUCGUUGUCUGUCUGGCCAGGGACACCAUCGUGGAAAUGAGGAAGAACUUUGAGACGUCGGUCUUGGACGAGUCGAGCGACCCUGACGCUUGA